AUGUGUACCUUGGAGAAGUAUGAGAACCUUUUCUACCUAACACUCACCGGUGGUGGUGGCGUUGACGACGAGCAUCGGCUCAAUCCAACCGUCAUUUCUUCCAUUCGAUCCGCUCUCUCAGACGCCAAGUCCCAAGCCACACCCGGCUCGGUUCUCAUAACAAUGGCACACGGCAAAUACUUUUGUAACGGGUAUGAUAUCAAACCAGACUUACUAGCCCAAGAUCCAGUUCUUCACACGUCUUCGAUCUUCAACGACUUCAAGCCAUUGGCCGCAGACAUCGUUUCCCUCCCGAUGCCAACCAUUGCUAUCGUUACUGGUCACGCGGUGGGGUCAGGGCUAACACUCGCUAUGUGCCAUGACUAUGUUUUCAUGACACGUGGUCGAGGUGUUUUGUAUUUGCCCGAAAUCCAGAUGGGGAUAUCAUUGCCAAGUUAUGGGGUUGAGCUAGUAAAAUUAAAAGUGGCAAAGCCGGAUUCUCUAAGAGACAUAUUGUUGGGUGGUGUUAAGGUUAAGGCAGACCAGGCGGUGGCGAUGGGUAUAGUCGACAUGGCGUAUGACAACGCAGAGAGCGCGGUUGAAGGCGGAGUUGGCAUGGGAAAAGAGUUGGAAAAAAAGAAGUUGGAUGGUGAAGUGUAUGCGGAAAUACGCAAGUCUAUGUAUCCAGAGUUAUGUAGAUUGUUGGGUUUAAGUUCCACAUAUGUGUUAAAAGGGCGGAGUUUGGAAAAGCGUGGAAACCUUUUCUUCCUAACAAUAACCGGCCGUGAUGAUGAGCACCGUCUCAACUCAACCACCAUCUCCUCUAUCCGAUCAGCUCUCUCUGACGCCAAGUCCCGUUCCACUCCAGGCUCCGUCCUCAUCACCGUCACGCAAGGAAAAUACUUUUCUAACGGCCUUGACCUCACCCAUCCGGCCGAUUUCUCAUCUCAAAAAUCAUCAUCAAAUAAUAAAGUCCUCACCUUGAUUGCCAUGUACAAGCUUUUGGUUUCGGACUUAAUAUCCUUUCCUAUGCCGACAAUCGCGGUAGUUACUGGCCACGCGGGACUAGGGCUCGCGAUAUCACACGACUAUGUGUUAAUGACACGUGAUCAUCGAUGUAUUUUGUAUAUGAUCAGUGAAAUUGACAUGGGGGUGACAUUGCCAGACUAUGGAGUUGAGAUGAUACGAUCCAAGGUGACUGAUCCAAAUUCGCGACGUGAUCUUUUGCUGCGUGGAGUGAAGGUAAAGGCGGACGAGGCAGUGGCGACGGGGGUCGUGAACAUGGCUUAUGACAGCCCAGACAGUGCGAUGAAGGGUGCGGUGUGCAUGGGGGAAGAGUUAGCCAAGAGGAAGUUUAAUGGUAGCAAUUAUGCACUACUGAUACGUAAGACGUCUUUAUAUCCCGAGUUAUGUUCAACACUCGGGCUGGAAUAUUGCAAGAAUAAUUCCGUAACAAAGCCACGGCUUUGAACUAGUUAAUUUACAUAAAUUAAUUAGUAGGCGCGGAAUUUUAUAUAUAUAUAUAUAUAUAUUUCUCAAUAU